AUGAUUUGUCACUUAGUUUGUAGCAAUGCCAAGUUUGAUCCGUAUGGCAAUGUUAUUUACUUCCACAUUGCUUCAGCUUCCCCUCUUUCUUGGGGAGGAGGUGUAACAGGUCCAACCAACGUAAGGAUAGUGCAAGGGCAGGCACUCAAGACCAAGAUGGACAAACUUGAGUUUCUAGUACCAUGGUUGGAUCUUCGAGUUGGUAUUUCAGUGAAUCCGUUCCUUUCCAUUUUAGCUGCUUAA